GCGCCGUUUACGUUCGGAGGAGGAGGUCCGUGUGUUUUGCAGCGUAGCCUCAAAAGAGACGAACACUUAGCACGUCUGCUGUUACUAUUAUAUUUCUCGUUGCACUUCGGGUUGUUUGUCGUGUUUUUAAAGUAUGAACAAAGGCGAUUUUACAGCAGGUCGGGGGAGAAGACCAGCGGUUCCCGAUAAAGUCGACAUGUCAUUAGAUGACAUCAUUCGGUUGAACAAAAAAGAGCAGCAACAAAAAAGGAGACAGGCCACUGUGAACCGCCGACCAGUCAAGAAGAAAGGCCGUUUAAUCCAAGGAAAAGGAGUUUCACCGCGGACCGCUGGACCGGUCCAGAGAGGAGGCGGCGUACCCCAAGGAGGAGCGCCUAAAUUAAGAAACAGACGGGUCCCUCCCUUACUGGGUCGACGACGGGGUCAGGGGGUUAUCACAGGACUGGCAGCCAGGAGACCAGCUGCCCUGCUCAAACGAGUCGGCACACUCAACCGAUCAGCAGUCAACCAGAAAACAAGACAGAAGACAAGGCCCUUCAUUCAAUGCACUGAAGCCCAGUACAGGAAGCCAGAGGUCCAGAGGCGGCCAUACAGGCAGCCUGAUUCACAGAGAGGCCAGAAUGCAGCAUCUGUCAGGAGACCAUUUCAACUGCGACGGCGACCACUGCCACCUGUCCAGCAGACUCAGAGAGAAGCACGACAGGCCACAUUUCUGUUUCGCAGAGGACUCAAGGUACAAGCCCAGGUGCAAAAGCCAAAUCCUCGGUCUCCUCCAGUCAGAACUCGCCAGUGGCGCACAUCAACAACCAGCAGUGGAAUUUUGACUGUUUCAAUUGACAACCCCACAGCCAGGACCCAGCCUGAGCCUCCCACUGCUUGGACCCUGCAUCCCCCGGCUGCCAGCUCUGCUCCUGUCAAGUUGGAAACAGUGGAGAAGAAAAUACCAAAAGGAGUGCCUCUACAGUUUGACAUCAACAGCGUUGGGAAACCGCAAACAUCGAUGACCUUGAACGAGCGAUUCCGCAUCCUGAAAGAUCGUCGCACCACCACAGCGCAGAGCAGCAAAGGCAGCCGAUUUGUUACCGUGGGGUAGCUGGCAAAAAGAUAGUGAUAAGUAAUGCUCUGAGGCUCCUUUGUCCCACUCAGACCCACACAGUGAUCCCCACCUUCCUAAUGGAUGGGAUAGUGCUGACCCACUCACUGACUUUACUAACGGGAGGGAGGGCAACUUUUGGACAAAUGAGUACAACGUGCACAACUGCUCAACUGUGAGAAAUCAAGUGUGCAAGUGUCAAUGGAGGUUUGUUUAAAAUAAGUUACCAUUCAUUGUCCAUAUCAUUGUAUGCAGCUGUUUGUACUGUUAAUGUCCUAUAGUGGGAAGGAAAGAGCUUUUUUUCCCCUUUGGACUUUGAACUGUUGACACUAUUACAAAGACUGUUUGAGAGUAUUUCUUUUCAGAGACAACUGUUUACGUAUUUGCUAGGGUGGCACAUGUGUUCAGUACCUUUUUUGAGAAUUGUUUUGUAAUGUUUCCUCAAAUAAAUGAGUUUCUCUUUAAAGAUUUGAUAUAUUUGUAUAGCCUCACAUCAGUCUGCAGCACACUGAUGCUGAAUGUUUCAAAUCUCCAUCUUGUAAUCAAACAGUGCCACCUGCCUGUGUAAUAUAAACCAGUCACCUCCCUGUUGAUUUACAACAAUGUGGUGUUACCAUUUCUUCUGUGAAGCAAUUCACAUGUGCAGAAAGCUCCAACACAGUCUUUGCAUUUGUAGCAUUGUAUCCUGGUGUGGAUGUUUAUGAAUGGUAGGACGAAUGCGUUCAAAUUCAGUGUUCAAGAGCAAUUUGAGCUUCCAGAAGUUGGUGCGUAUUUUAGGUAGUUUCCUGCUGAACAGUUAAAGGUUGCAAAUGUCCACAGGAUUAUUUUUCAAUGUCUUGUAUUAUUAAACUGGUUUCUGGAACUUUGUUACAAAACAGACGGACAUAUUUUUGGAAUCUGAAUAUUGCUUUUAUUUAAAUACAUUAAAAUUUGCAAUGUAACAAAACUAUUGGCAUAUGAAAUUCAAACACCAUAUCAAUGAACAAAACAUGGCUCACUUCAUUUUUCUGUGACUAGUGUCAGUAACACUAGGUUAUUUUUCUCUCUGCGCCACAUCAUUUCCCCCAUUUACACUGUUCACAGACUAUCUUACAAUAAGAGUGCUGAAUAAAAAUGAGGUAAGAAAGUGGUUUGAAGAUUACAGAUCAUGCAGAACAUGCUGAACAGCAACAAAAUAUUUUGUGAAGGAGGAAGUAAAAAAAAAAAAACAAAAAAAAAACAA